UUCCAACCUGUCCUGCGAGGAUCCAUUGCACCGACAGCUACAAUGGAGCCCUUCAAGCUAAGCCUGUCCAACGGCACCGUUCUGGCUGGUAUCCGCACAGCACCUUUGCAGUCCACGAUUCUGAACCGCCCACUAGUUGUCGGGCUUCAUGGGGGCACCUAUAGCAGCAGCUAUUUUGAUGCCGAUUCGAAGCACACCGCGGCAAUCCACAGUACGGCAUUUGGCGUCCCGUUCGUAUCGAUCGACCGCCCCUGCUACGGCAACACGAGUCCCCUUUCACCAAUUCCCGAGGGUUCAAGCUUUCCACAAGAGACAGGUGCUUGGUUGCACCGAUAUGCUCUCCCGGCUCUAUGGUCCCAGAUCGGCAAGCCCAAUGGCUGCAACUGCAUUGUGCUCCUCUCUCAUAGCCUUGGAGUUAUGGGCUGUGUAAUUGCCGCGGCCAUGCACGGGCAGGAUGAACAGUCUUCUUAUCCAUUGGGUGGCAUCAUUGUAUCUGGUCUUGGGGAGCACUCUCUACCUGAGAUCAGAGAGAACCCAGUGAGUGAACCAAAUGUACCGCCGGAUCGGUAUGUCUUUCCUCUGGAGAUCAAAGACGCUAUGAUGUUCCGACCGGGGACCGUUGAUCCUGGAAUACUGAACCAGAGCAAGCGGCUUGAUCAUCCUACGCCAGUCGCGGAGGCUGCAAGUCUGAGAGAUGUAUGGCUGCCCACAUGGCGUGAGUGGGCUGCUCAUGUCACAGCACCGGUGAUGUUUGCAAUUGUGGAGCAGGACUGCUUCUUCGUGGGAACGGAAGAACAUGUCAGGCAAUGUAUCUCGGCGUUUACGAAGAGUGAGAGGACGGACGGCAGUUUGAUAAAGGGGGCACCGCACUGUAUGGAACUGAGCUACUGGUCGCAGGGAUGGUAUGCCCGCUGCUUUGGAUUUGCGAUGGAAUGUUCGGCUAGUCUUGCCCUCAGGGCCUGAUGGUUUGACUGUCUUGAGCUAGUCUAAUAUGUCAAAUUAAUAAUGAUCAUAUAGCCUUCCCACUCCCAGACCAUUCGGCUUGCUGCCACGAAGUGGAGUGGUCAAAAUGUCAAGCAAGUAUAAAUAGUUCCCACCAUACCCGAUUCAAAUAGCUUAUUAGAAGUGCGGUGGGGAAUGAU